AGAUGCGAAGCGGAAUUUAUAAUUUCGUUUUUUGCGUAUACCUCUGUUUUUAGUGGGAAUUUUUGUUGAAACUAAUUUUACUACUAAUUCCCCGGGCAACCACCUCAGAGGAAUUAAACCAAUUUUGAAUCGUCCUGUAAUUUAAAACCACUUAUUAAUUAAUUAUGGAUAACUAAUGGGGAAGAUAUGGUUUGCUCAGCAGGGCGUCUUGCAUUAAUUUGCGCUAAUGUGUUCUUAAUUUAAAUUUAAAUAACCUCAACCCCAAGUUGAUUGUUGAUAAAAUUGUAUGGAUCUUGUAUGGAAAAAUCGUUUAUGUUAAAUUUGCAAUUUAAACUCCUGGCUAAAAUUGGCAUCAAGUGGUCUCAGUUCAGAAAAUUCUUAAAAAACCUACAGCUAACUUCACGCGUAUUAUUAGUGUGGGGCAUUGACACAGUUAAAAAUGUUUAGGGGGGUAGACAUAGAUAAGUGCUAGAUGUACUUAAAUUGCAUAUUAUUAUAGUUACCUGAGUUGGCAGUUAUGUGAUUUAUGAAAAAACCAUACUUGCUCACAGUAACUGAUAUUUACCGAAAUUGCAAGGCACAUUAUCAGCACACGCAAUCAUUAUAAUGCCACAAGAGGAUCAAUAUUCUUCCUGGGUGGGUUUGAUCUAUGUUUUCAAUUUAAUCGUUGGCACUGGUGCACUUACAUUACCAGCUGCUUUCCAAAAUGCUGGUUGGUUGUUUAGCAGUAUUGCCCUUAUAGUGCUAUGCUUUGUGAGUUUUUUGACCGUAACUUUUGUGAUUGAAAGUGUGGCCUGUGCCAAUGCCACUAUACAAUGGAGAAAAAUCAAAGAACACAAAGUUGAUGAAAGUGAAGUGCCUCUUAAUCCGGAUUCUGAAUCGGAAAACAGCAAUGAGGAGACUGCAAUAUUGGCGAAUCGACGUAGGCAUUACUAUCAUCUAAAUAAAAAAGUUGAAUUAGGUGAAAUAGCUGCUCUCUUCCUGUCCAGGACUGGGCAUGUGUUGUUUUUUGCGUCUUUGUGCAUUUACCUUUUCUGCGAUCUUACAAUAUACGUGGCGGCGUCAGGUAAAACCAUCGUGAAUUUAAGUUGUAAGUCUUCCAAUAAUACGGAGAAUUUUACUGAAUCAUGUUGGGAAGAUUCAGGAGUAACCAGGAUGGAUAUGUAUAGGAUUUAUGUAGCUCUCUUUGGCCUGUUUGUAGGGCCGUUUACUUACUUCAAUGUGCAGAAAACAAAAUAUUUACAAAUAUUUACCAUCAGUGUCAGGUGGAUUGCUUUUUCCAUUAUGCUUAGCUUAGCUGUUUUCAGAUUAGCAACAUACGGUCAGCAAGGGCGUCCUAGUUUGGUUAAUAUAGCGGAAGUACCUGCCCUUGCAGGUUCUAGCAUUUAUAGUUUUAUGUGUCAUCAUUCACUACCGGGUCUCAUCGCGCCCAUUUCCAAUAAACAAGGUCUAAUGAGCAAAAUCAGUAUGGAUUUUUCAGUGAUAUGCGGUUUCUAUCUAUUGAUUUCUCUCACCGGUUCGUUUGCCUUUGAAACAAUUGAUGUAUUAUAUUCUUUAAAUUUUAUGCCAACACAUGAUUCAGGUUUCCUUAUGAAACUGAUUGGAAUGUUCUUGGCAGUUUUUCCUUUGUUUCCGAUGGCGACCAGUUUCCCGAUUAUAGCCAUUACAAUGCAGGGCAAUCUGAAGCAUUUAUUUUUUGAACCGUAUGGUAUAGAAAGACACGGUUUUUUUAUGAAAAGACUGUUGUUCCCCAGCUUAGCCAUAUUUCCACCAAUCAUUACCGCUCUCAUUACUCACGACUUAAAAGGAUUGGUUGAAAUAACCGGCUCAUACAUUGGGGUAAUUGUGCAAUAUGUAAUUCCGGCGUUUUUGGUUUGGAGCGCUCGAAGGCAAACCGUUAAAUAUUUCGGGAUAUCGGCGCACAAAUAUAGUAGUCCGUUUCGGCAUUUCGGAUGGUUUGUUUUUGUGCUAGUGUGGUCGGUUGUAUGUAUCGUUUUUGUUACAGUCGAUUUGAUUAUAAAUCAUUCAUAAUUUAGGUCUGACUGCCGGAAAUUGUUAAAUAGCAAGCAAACAGAAUUUGUGUGCAAUAACUAUGAAUUCUUCAAGAUUUUACCAAAAAGAAAAAAAAAAAGAAAAAUGGAUUAGUAAUCAACUCGAGAAAAUCAGUUGAUUUCAGUUUCCAAAAAAAAAUUCUGGUGGUUUUUCAAGACACUAAAACACGCCCAAAGCGGCUGAACUCGGUUGCUCCAUCAAAUCAUGAGUCAUAGGAACAAAUUCUAAGCGUUUUGCAAAAAUAUGAUCUUUUCAAGAACUUUGACCAUCAAUAGCAAAGGAGCCAGACAUUUUUUUAAAAUAAAACUUUACUACGUACGUAACUAUAUUUUGAGCUACUCUGUAUACUUCAAAGAAACAGAAACAAAUACUUUGGCAACAACCGCAACACCUUUAUAUGAACGUUUGUUUCCAGUCGUUAUUUCUGUACGAUCUAAGUGGUAUACAUUUUCUUUGUACUCAGGGUACGAAUUAAAGAAAACUCUGUUUAAUAAUUAGGUACAUUUUUCUACUACAAACUAAAAGUUGUCAAUUAAGUAAUAUUUUUAUAGGCUGUUAUGUGUUAAUGCAUGUUUGUGAGUUGUGCAAGGUACUGUCGUUCUGUGAUAGUUUACAUAUACGUAUUUGUGUAGUAUACCAAACCAAAUUAGGAACAAAAGCAGGUAUUAUUUUUAUUGUAGGUAAGAAACUAGCGUUAAGGCAAACUAAUAAAGUAUAUUUUAGAUAA